UCUCUCCCCUUCUUCUCUCCCUCUUUCACUGGAGGUUGGGCAACUGUGGGUGUGUUUUCCCUUCCUCUCUUGCCUUCCUUUCCUUCCUCCCUUCUCUCUCUCUCUCUCUCUGCUUGUGUUUUCUCUCCUUUGGAGUCCUGAGUCCGUAUCUUCUUUCAUCUCCUUUUUUUUUUUUUUGACUCCAGCUCCCUGCAAACCCUUUUUUUCCGGAGUCUCUCUUCAUUCCAGUAUUUCGCGCUCACCAAUUCUUUUCUCCUCCCUUUCUCUUAAAAAGAAAGAAAGAGAGGGGGAUUUUUUUUCCGUCUCUCUCUCUCUCUUUCUCCUUUUCUUUCUCUCUCCUUCGUCGUUGGAGUUCUUCAUUGCGCAAAGAAGAAGAAGAGGAGGAAGGAAGGAAGGAAGGAGGGAGAAAAGAAGAAGCAAGGCGCAAAUAUAUACAGCUCUCAGACUGAGAAGGAAAAAAGGGGGAGAAGAAAGAGGGGGAGAAGGAGGAGGGCUUGGAAAUGCCUUCUUCCUCCUCUUCUUCCCCCCCUUCCUCUUGUCUCUCGCAGACUUUUCUCCACCUCCUUUCAACACCCCCCUAAAGAUCUCUGGGCGCACACAAGGGCGCACACAGCCGAGCAGAGAAGUGGAGGCGAUUUUUCCUCCUUUUCCUGGGCAUCCUUCGGUUUAUUCUUCUUGGUGGCCGUCCUGGUGGGGUUUGGUUGCCUCCUCUCUCCGUUUCUCUCCUUCCUUUCCUCCUUUUCCUCCCUUCCUUUGAAGCCCGAACCACCCCAACCCUAAACAAAACCCACCAAAAGAUGCAGUUCUCUCUCCAAAGAUUGUCUCCAUCUUUGGGUCUCUCCAAGCGCCUCAAACUUUCCGGAUCCGACUCAGCAGCAAAGCUGGUGCCAAAAAAGAGCCGAGGAUUUAUAAAACUUUACUGACCCAAGGAGGUUGCUCCCCUUUCCCUUCCUUCUCUCUUUCUUUCAAUCUCUCUCUCUCUCUACACCCAACCCUUCCUCAAGUCUUUUUGAAUCUCUCUUUCUCUUUGCUUUGCCUUUUGCACGACUCCAUCCGCCUCUUGGAAUUUGGGUGAGUGUGUGUGAUUGUCAAAAGGAGGAAAACAAAAGAAGAAAGGAAGGAGGAAGGAAGGAAAAGAAAGGAAGAGUGAGGGAGAGGAAGAAGAAGAAGAAGAAGAAGAGAAAGACUGGAGGGGAGUUGCUUGGCUCUCUCUCUCUCUCUCCCCCCUUCUCCCAAGCCAAGCCUCUCCACCACCUUUAAAGGAGUUAUUUCUCUCCUGCAGUGAUGGUGGCCUUUGGGAUCUCCCUGCUUGGAUUCUAUACAGGUCUGCUCUUCGCUUUGCUGGAACUCUGGUUUAUCGAAGGACUCAGCUUGGAGCCCAUCUACUGGAACACUUCCAACAAAAAGUUCCAGAACGAGGGGGGCUAUGUCUUGUACCCUCAAAUCGGGGACCGCCUGGACUUGAUCUGCCCGCGCUCGGUGCCGCUGGGCCCGUUCUCCACCGAGGACUAUGAGUACUACAAGCUCUACCUGGUCCAGACGGAGCAAGCGGAGCGCUGCGAGAUCCUGCGCACCCCGAACCUCCUCCUCACCUGCGACCGCCCCGAACACGACAUGCGCUUCACCAUCAAGUUCCAGGAGUACAGCCCCAACCUUUGGGGCCACGAGUUCAAGACCAACCAGGAUUAUUACAUCAUCACAACAUCCGAUGGGACCCAGGAAGGUCUGGAGAACAUGAAAGGGGGAGCCUGCAUCUCCAAAGGCAUGAAAGUGGUCCUGAAAGUCGGGCAACAUCCCAACACAGGCUCCAAAUCCCAGAAGUCCAUGCCAGACUCACCUGCUGAGAAGGAGCGAGGGACGUCGGGCGGCGGAGAGCCCAACAAGGAGAUGAACCCAGGACCCCCGACCGGAAACACUACGGGGAAAGUGGGGGGCGAGAAUGGCCCCCUCCCACAGUCCAAUGUGCCCAUCAUUGCGGGUGCCGCAGGAGGAGCCGCCUUCGUGUUGCUGGUUGCGGCGGCCGUGACGGGGGCCCUGUGCUACCGCCACCGCCGGGCCAAGCACAGCGAGUCCCACCACCCUCCGCUGUCGCUCAGCACCCUGACCAGCCCCAAGCGUGGCGGAGGUGGGGGCGGCGGGGGCAACAACAACGGCUCCGAGCCCAGCGACAUCAUCAUCCCGCUCAGGACUUCAGACAGCGCCUUCUGCCCACACUACGAGAAAGUGAGCGGAGACUACGGGCACCCCGUCUACAUCGUCCAAGAGAUGCCCCCGCAGAGCCCCGCCAACAUUUACUACAAAGUAUGAGGUGGGGGAGGCACACGGACCGACGGACAGACGGGCGGGCGGCAGAGCUCCCUCUGGCCGCGUCUUCGAUUCCCCCUCCCAUAGACGAGGAGGGCGGAUGGGACGCCGACCUCAUGCCCCUCUCAUUGUGCACAAGGGGUCAACGCACAUUGGCCUGGGCCACCCUCGCCCACACAGGAGGGGUGACCCGAACUCGGACCCUCUUCUGCCAAUGUAACGGAGGCGUGGACCUUUUGUACCGCUCAGUGGCCUUCCCCUUUCUAUGGAUUCUGGCCUGGCUAGGACAGAUGGAUGGACGGACGGAUGGACAGAGGGAUAGGACCCGAACCCGCUCCCUGUCAGACCAGAGUGAGCUUAAUGGAGACAAAUCCCCCUACCACUGGUUUCAAAAACAAACAAAAAAAGGGCUGUGCCCAUCCUUUCCUUUCCACACUCUCCAUCCCAAGUUAGUGGCUUUUACGGGAGUCCACCAUGGUUGCUCUUCGUUUUGCUUUUAAGCGGUCAUUUUGAUUCAAAAUCAAAACAUAAUCACACAGAUGUACAAAUUUGGGGUUAUUUUCUUCUAUGUGCCGAAGACCGUGUGUAAAGUUACUUAUUAGAUUUUAAAACAGUGGUUCCCAACCUUUUU